AUGUCGCGCCUCACUUCCCUCGCCCCCCUCCUCAUCCUCGCCCUCUCCACCUAUAUCCAAACCACCCACGCCAUCACCUGGACGCAAUACGGCUCCCCAGGCUGCACCGGCCGCACCGCCGACGCGAACCAAUGGACCGAGACCGGCACGGGAAGCUUCGCCUGCGUCUCCCAAGCCUUUGGCGCCGUGUCGGUCGAGUUGGGGCCGACGAUUGCGAUUGAGUGUCCGGUGACGUGGUUUAGUGAGGUGGGGUGCACGGGGGAGAGCGAGAGUGUUAGUCAGGAUGGGUGUUUUGGGUUUCCGGGGACGGGAGGGUCGUUUAGGGUUGAUACUUGUGUGCAUUGA